AUUGGCUUUGACAGGCCCUAAACAGUAAAAAAACGAGACUAGUGAGAUUUCCUCUUUUUCUUUCUCUUCAUUUCUUUAUGUUCCUCGGCUUCAUCACUCAACUCCAUCUACAUGACUAAAAAAAUCCAUAAUUCCAUUUGCAGUCAUCAUUAAAAUGGAAAGAAAAGUCCUUUCUUUCCAUCUUUCUGCUUCUGAGGUCCCAAUUGUUUAUUGGUAUGAAGAACUGGAAAGUCGAGAAACCCUCGUGGAGGCUCUCAAUCUCUUCUCAAAUGGGGUUUGUGAAGGAGUGUGGAUCAGAAAUUGAUAAUCAGAAUUCGGUGAGAGUAAUAUGGUGAAGGAGACGGAGUAUUAUGACGUUCUUGGAGUUUCUUCUUCUGUUUCAGAAGAAGAGAUUCGUAAAGCUUAUUAUCUCAAAGCAAGGCAAGUUCAUCCUGAUAAAAAUCCAAAUGAUCCUCAAGCUGCUGAAAGAUUCCAGGUACUGGGAGAAGCUUAUCAGGUUUUGAGUGAUCCAGCGCAAAGAGAGACUUAUGAUCGGAAUGGAAAGUAUUGUAUAUCUAGGGAAACAAUGCUAGAUCCUAUGGCUGUCUUUGCCCUUCUUUUUGGAAGUGAACUGUUUGAGGAUUACAUUGGACAUGUUGCUGUCGCUUCAAUGGCAUCCUCUGACCUAGCUGGUGAAAACGAUACUGCUGAAAAAAUUCAAGACAGAAUGAAGGUUGUCCAGAGAGAAAGAGAAGACAAGCUCGCUAGGCUACUGAGAGAUUUUCUUGAUCAAUAUGUACAUGGUGACAAAAAGGGGUUCUUCCAGCAUGUUGAAGCGGAAGAGAAACGACUUUCUGAUACAGCUGUGGGGAUUGAUAUUCUACAUACCAUUGGCUACAUAUAUGAGAGACAAGCGGCACAAGAGCUUGGAAAGAAAGCCAUUUAUUUAGGAGUGCCGUUUGUGGCUGAGUGGGUGCGCAAUAAAGGACACUUCUGGAAAUCACAAAUCACGGCAGCAAAAGGUGCUUUUCAGUUGCUACAAUUGCAAGAUGAUAUGCGUCGACAAUUUAAGAUGGAUGGAACUGGCCCCACAAACCAUCUAGAGUCCCAUAUAUUGUCUAACAAGGACACACUGAUGAAUUCAUUAUGGAAGCUAAAUGUGGUAGACAUUGAAGUAACACUGUUACAUGUUUGUCAAAUGGUGUUAAGGGAAAACAACAUCAAGAAAGAGGAGCUUAGAACUCGUGCAGUAGCUCUGAAAAUCCUAGGGAAAAUAUUUCAGAGAGGAAAGAAUAUACGAAGUGGUGGAUCAUCAAAGGCGAAAGAUGUUUCCAGUGUUUAUGAAGAUGAUAGCAGUUCUGAUAGCAGUUCCGAAGAGGAUUCACCACGAUCAAUUCCAUAUAGAACUCCUAUGCUCACUCAGGGUAUUGGCAGACUCUUCAGAUGCCUUUGUAACCCGGCGUAUGAUGUGGAUGAUGACGAGAUUGUCUAUAAAAGCAAAUAGUUCUGUGAGAUGCAUUUUCCAGUAGAAGUCAUUGGAGCCCCUAGUUAUCAAAAUUCACAACGAAGGCAUGUGAUUAAUUUCAGAUUUGGAAAUGCAAACUGGGGUAUCGCGGUGCUGCCUAUGAGGAUCCAAAAUUAGUUUUUCUUUCUUUUUUUUCUUUCUUGUUGGAACGUGCGUUUGCUUCAGUUGGUGUCGAAGAGACCAUUUUAUCUCUUAUGCUGGAAUACAGAACUAAAAGGUGGUGGUUGUAACCUACAUGUAACAUGUCUUGCAAAUGUAAUAUAAAAAGAAUCAUCGUCAGA